UAUAGUAUCUUUAACAUCCCCAGGUGCAUACCCGUUCUUAAAACUAGAUAUUGAAUAAGAACUUCCAAUACUCUACACUGUAAUCGCCAGCAAAGUGUAGUAGAGCAUUAUGAAACCAAUAACAGGAAGAACAAAUUGGAUUCCAUUGACAUGAAAAUAUUUUCUGCGUAAUGCAAUAAUUUGCAUAAUCGGAAAUAUCACCAAAUUAAUGAAACAAGAAGUUGAUAAGGAAGUGUUUGAACAAGAUGGAGGGCCUUCUAAGAAGUACCAGCUGCAAGAAUGAAAGGAAACAUGAUGUGAGUUCCUUCAGCUCCUUAUAAAAUAGAGGUAAGGACAGACACAGAGCCACACCAGAUAAUUUGAAAAGAUCUUAGUCUCUCAGUCCUGCCUAGCAUCUCUCCCCAUCGCUGUGAGGACCAUGCAGAACAUGACCGCUCUACUCCUUCUGGGGAUGCUCUGCUCCAUAUACAUGUCUAAGGCUUCAGAGGCCAUUGAUACUACAAAAGGCUCCUGCUGUCCAAAAUUCAUUGACUACAAGAUUCCACUGCACAGGUUAAAAGAGUUUGCCUGGACCCCUAGUCGCUGCCCUUUCAGAGCAAUAGUGUUCACAACAAAAGCCAACAAGAAGUUUUGUGUCAACCCCUCUCAGAACUGGGUGAUGAACCACAUAGAAAACAUUGGUAGCCGUUCAACACCUGUCAUGUCAUCAGUGAUGUCCUCAACCACUGCAUCAACCAAAACAGCAUAGCCCAUCACAAUUCUGUACGGUAGCAGAUCCACAGUUAGCUCAAGAAUUGCAACAAUUGUAAUAUUUUAUAUUGACAGAAGGAAAAGUAUUCUCAUUUUUAUCAACUUAUUUAUCCCUAUACACAGAAAAUGGUUACAAAGAAUUGGGUUUCAAAGGAAGUACAAUGGAUGGAUACAUUUUAUUUACAGUGUAACCUCCCCCCCUCCCUGUAUAUACUGAGAACAAAUACAUUUUGCAUGUGAACAGAAAUAAAAUAUGACGUUUUAUCCAAUCA